GGGGAGGGGGCGGGAGGGACGGCCGGUGCCCGUCAGUCAGGCAACGGGAGCCGCCGGGAGCGGAUGGCGGCGGUGGUAGCGGCCCCACUCGCCGCCGGGAGUGAGGAGGCGGCGCCCGCAGCUUCCGUUCCCGGAACUCUGGGGCUGCCGGGGAGCCGCAGUGCAGAGCGGGCCCUAGAGGAGGCCGUGGCCACCGGGACCCUGAACCUGUCCAACCGGCGCCUGAAGCACUUCCCCCGGGGCGCCGCCCGCAGCUACGACCUGUCAGACAUCACCCAGGCCGACCUGUCCCGGAACCGGUUCCCCGAGGUGCCCGAGGCAGCGUGCCAGCUGGUGUCCCUGGAGGGCCUGAGUCUGUACCACAAUUGUCUGCGAUGCCUGAACCCAGCCCUGGGGAACCUCACAGCCCUCACCUACCUCAACCUCAGCCGAAACCAGCUCUCCUCGUUGCCCCCCUACAUCUGCCAGCUGCCCCUGCGGGUGCUCAUCAUUAGCAACAACAAGCUGGCCCUCCUGCCCCCCGACAUCAGUGCCUUAGGGAGUCUGCGGCAGCUCGACGUGAGCAGUAAUGAGCUGCAGGCGCUCCCGGCUGAGCUCUGCAGCCUCCCGGUCCUGCGGGAUCUCAACGUGCGCCGGAACCAGCUGGGAGCCCUGCCGGACGAGCUUGGGGACCUCCCUCUGGUCCGCCUGGACUUCUCCUGUAACCGUGUCUCCCGUCUGCCUGUGUCCUUCUGCCGCCUGCGCCACCUGCAGGUCCUUCUGCUGGACAGUAACCCCCUGCAGAGCCCCCCUGCGCAGGUCUGCCUGAAGGGGAAGCUUCACAUCUUUAAGUACUUGUCCACGGAGGCGGGGCGGCGUGGGGGGGCAGCACUGGGGGACCUGGCCCCUUCCCGACCCCCGAGUUUUAGCCCAUGCCCUGCCGAGGAGCUGUUCCCGGGCCGGCGGUACGACUCUGGUGGGUUGGACUCUGGCUUCCACAGCGUGGACAGUGGCAGCAAGAGGUGGUCCGGGAAUGAGUCCGCUGAUGACUUUUCGGAGCUGUCCUUCCGGAUCUCGGAGCUGGCCCGGGAGCCCCGGGGGCCCAGGGGGCGGAGGGAGGACAGUGCUGCUGACGGUGACCCUGAGCAGACGGACUUCAUCGACAGCCGCAGCCCUGGGGAGGAUGAGGAGGCAGAGGCGGGCACUGCAGAGGAGCAAAGACCUCCCGACUCCAAGUCUGUGGCAGAGGACGGGGAGAGGAUGCCAGGCAGCAGGAGGGAGGAGCCGGCUGGGGAGGAGCGGCGGCGCCCUGACACCCUGCAGCUGUGGCAGGAGCGGGAGCGGCGGCAGCAGCAGAGCGGAGUGUGGGGGGCCCCCAAGAAGGACAGUUUUCUGAAGCCCGGGACCAGACCUGUCGGCGGGGGAGCACCGGCACCCCCCACCCAGGCCAUGUCCAAUGGCACCACCAAGUCCAAUGCCACCCAACUGGGAGCAUCUGGGGCACAAGGAAACCCCAUGCCCGCCCCUGCCCCCCAGGAACCCUCUCCUCCAGCCGCAUCAGCGCCAGCGCCUGCGCCCCGGCCACUCGGCUCCAUUCAGAGACCAAACAGCUUCCUCUUCGGCUCCAGCUCCCAGUGCUCAGGCCCUUCCUCCCCAGACUCAGCCCUGAGGGCUCGGCAGGCCCCCCAGCCCGCAGGCGACAGAGGGGAGCUCAUGGCUCAGCUGCGUCAGGUCCUCGAGUCGAGGCUGCAGCGACCCCUGCCUGAGGACAUGGCCGAGGCCCUGGCCAGCGGGGUGGUCCUGUGUCAGCUAGCUAACCAGCUGCGGCCACGCUCUGUCCCCUUCAUCCAUGUGCCCUCGCCGGCUGUGCCCAAACUCAGCGCCCUGAAGUCACGGAAAAACGUGGAGAGUUUCUUAGAAGCCUGUCGAAAAAUGGGGGUGCCCGAGGCGGACCUGUGCUCGCCCUUGGAUCUCCUCCAGGGCACCGCCCUGGGGCUGUGGACCACCCUGGAGGCCGUGAGGCGGGCGGGGGGCAGGGUGCCCCCACCCCUGCAGGCCCCUUCUGGUCUGGGUGGCUUCGUCGUCUUCUACAUGGCCCUCAUGCUGCUGUUCUAUGUCGUCUACACUCGGCUCCUGGCUUCCUAGGACCUGAAGUCACCCCCUCCCCGGCCUCUCCCGGUCUCUUAUUUAUAAGACUCCAGCACCCGCCCGUGCCCCACCCGCACCCGCGGGGCCUUCACCCCGACCAAAGACACUAGUGAGCCCCUCACACACACACGCACACACACACACACACACACACACUGACCUCAGAGGCCCCCCCCAUGGUGCCCCCAGCCUCUGGCCCCUUCCUGUAACCCCACACGCCUGCCCCUCAGUGCUGAGGUGCCUUCACGCCCCGCCCCUCCCCCUGCUGCUCGGGGGGCUAAAUUAUCUAUAUUUUGUAGAGAGAACUCUAUAUUUGUAGGGCUCCGCCGGGGCCCGCCCGCCGCUCUCUUGUAUAAAUUGUACAGACGCCUCAACCUCGCCUGUGCCCGUCUGUGUCUGUGUGUGGGUCUGUGUGCGCGUGCGCUCCGUGCAUGUGUCUGCGUGUCUGCGUCUGAGUGUCUGUGUGCGUGUGUCUGCCCGUCUGUGUCCCGCCUGCCCGCCCCUCCCGCGGGCUGGACCCCCAGCCUGCCCGCCCUGCCGCCGCCGCCCCCCCGGGAAAUGACAGGUCUGUGCCGCACCGGCAUCCCGUUAUCUGCCCACAGCUCCUCGCAGCUGCGCCACCGCGCUGAGCAGCCCCGACCCCCUUUAUCCAGGCUCCUUUAGGGACACGGUGCGGGGGGGGGGGGGCUGGGGACCCUAACCCGGCGCCUCCCCCCAGGAGUCCCUCUGCCAGCCCCACCACAUCCUGGAAGAGGAGGGGGCCCCGGGAAGGGGUCUCCCCCACAUCGCUGCUGUCGUCCGGGCGCUGCUGGAACGGCCCUAAGGGGCUGAG